UUACCUUAUAAAGAAACUUUCUUAGGCACUUUAUUUAAAUAAAAACAACAUGGAAUUGUUGGAACCCGAACUAAAGAAAACUUACGACAAGUGCAAAUAUAUAGUGAAGGUGUGGGAACACAAAUUUCAGAAAGAGCAUAAGAGGUUACCUUCCAAGUUAGAUAUUCGUGAAGCAAACACAGAAGUACGACAUGCAUACCGCAGAUAUUUCCAAAUUAAAUCGGCUGCUUUGGAACAAAGCUUCAUGGAUAUCGACAUGGGUUUCGAAGAUGAUCCUCCAAAUGAUGAUUCGUUAAAAGCGCCCGUGCUUGAAGAAAACAAUCAAAAUGAGCUAAAUCAAAUUAAGUCAACAGAAAUCGAGGCAAAACCUGCAGAAGAAGAACCUCAAAUUGAUGAAACAUGGGGUGCUCAUUUAAAUAAUACUAAGCCUAAAGAGAUUGAAGAAGCUGCCAAACAAACUGAAAAACCCAAUUUAAACAUCACAAAAAAGCUGUUCUGUGGCUCAAAAUUUACUAAGAGAAACCCGAGGAAGUCAUUGUCUUUUACUCAAAAGAAAAGUGAAUCAAACAUUGAAGUGCCGGCUCCUUCCUCACAACCGAUUUUUACCUCAUUUAGUUCGGAUACUGAUUUAUCUCAGGACAGUUUUUCCUCCUCGAAGGAGAAUUGUUCAAUGUUGCAAGAAAAUAGUUUGUUAAAUACUAAUUUUAAAAUUGUGGCACCAUCAGAAAAUGUCACAUCUAAGCCUGUAAAUUUAGCACAAAUGGCUGCCCAAAAUACAUAUAAGAAAACCUUGAAAUCUGUAGACACUGGUUGGUUGGAAAGAGUAGCCAGGCAAACUGGAACAAAAAUAGAAGAGCAUGAAAUGCAGUUGUUGAAGGAACAACAACCAGUGGCAGAUAAUUUUAAUUUUCCAAACUUAAAGACACCAUCAGUUGACAAUGUUCCUAGUACUAAUGUUGUAACUAAACUAGAUUAUGACAGUGAUGAUAUUAUUGAUGGAUCUGAUGAUGAGGAGCCAGUGAAAUUGCCACCAUCUAUGCAUGUUGCUAAGAAAAAGAGGAUGGAGAUAUCUAACAUAAGUAGAAGUAAUAGUUUAAAUAGUAUGUCUAGCUUUAAUGAUGGUAAUAAUAGUUCUUUAAAUGUAAAUUCCACUGAAAUUUCAUCUGGUGGCAUUAAUAUGUCUGAAAACAAUGUUUCCACUAAUCAAAAUACUGAAGAAACCAUGCAAGUAUCCACUGAAGAAAUUGCAACUAGUGAUAAGAAGAAACCAAGGAAGUCGACGAGUCGAAAUGUGAAGAAAACCACACCUAAGGCCAAAGCCAAAACAACAAAGAAAGUUAAAGAAAUGGAGGAACGAAGUCCCACAAGAAGAUCAUCACGCCAAACAAAAGUCAAAGUCAGUUUGGAGGAACUCUCCAGUGGAGAAGAAGAUCCCUUCGCUUCGGAUAAUGACGAGGGGGAUCCGGAGUUCACACCGAACAGUCCAAAACCCCACUAUGAGGAUAAUAAUGAAUCUCUAGAGGCAAAACCAAAACGGUCGAGAAAAUCAACAGCCAAAGAAAAAACACCCAGACAACCAAAAACUCCAAAAGCUCCGAAAACUCCUCGAGUUCCCAAAAGUGCCAAAGCUAAAAAGGAGGAGAAAAACGUGGAAGAGGAGGAACCCGAGGAUGCCCCUUACGACGUGGAAUUCUCUGUUAAACCUAGAAUCGUCGCCCCCAGAUACGGAAGCAUAAAAACCGUUAUAAAAGAAAGAAAAAUAAAAAUCAAAUCCGAAGAUAACAAAACCAAGUCCAAAAAGGAAAAAGUAGAGGACAAGAUCAAAGACAGGACGCAACAGGCGGCCGACAAGUUGGAACAGAAAAUCGCGUCGGGCAACCUGAACGAGAAUUUCGUGCGAUUGAACCUGAAGAAGAAGGUUUUCGCCCGCGGAAAGUCGGGCAUCAACUUCAGCAAGUACAAAAAGGCGCAGUGGAAGCAGAAGAAGAAGGCUCUGGCUGGCCCGGACAUGGAUAUGGGGGGUUGCGACGGUGGCAUGUUGACUUGUUUCAAUUGCGGCCAGAUCGGGCACUUUGCCAGGCAUUGUAAGGCGACAAAAGGGGAAGGGUUGUUGCCGCUUUCCGCCGCCGCCGAGGAGGAGGACUGCCCGUAUCCCACUUUGGAAGAGGCGGCCGCAUUGGCUAGCAACAGCGUGCUGAGUAUAAGAAAGCCAAACAUUGUUACCAGUGAGGAAAAAAUGGAUGUUGAGGAAUCUGAGGCAACUGUAAAUCCUGAGGAACGUGAUAAUGGCCAAGAAAAUGAUGAAGAGGCUAAAAAUGAUAAUGAUGAAGAGGCUGAAAAUGAUGAUGAUGAUGAUGAUGUUAAUGAUGAAGAGGCUCAAGAUGGGGACGAAUUCGACAGUUUUGAUGAAGAAGAAUCAGACCUGUUGUUGGCUGAAACACUGAGAAUUGAGGAGAACGCCAAAAAGUUAAAUGUACAAAUGUACAUGGACAGUGUCAAAUAUGUGAAGUCUUACUACGAAUUAAAGGAAGACGAUUCAGUAAUUGAAACACCACAGGAAGUUUUUGAUGCAUUAAGACUAUUUGGUCAUGCAUCAUUUAGAGGUGGUCAAGAACAAGCUGUGAUGAGGAUACUGUCAGGAAAAUCCACUUUAGUAACACUCAGCACUGGUUCUGGUAAAAGUUUAUGUUACCAACUUCCAGCUUAUUUAUAUGCUCGAAGAGAACCUUGUAUUUCCCUUAUCAUUUCACCUUUAGUAUCUCUUAUGGAAGAUCAAGUCCAUGGUAUUCCAUCAUUUCUAAGGGCUGCCUGUCUGCAUACUAAUCAGACAAAAAAUCAAAGAGAAAAAGUUAUGCAGGCUAUUUCAAUGGGGGAUCUUGAUGUACUUUUGAUAUCCCCAGAAGCAGUAGUAGCAGGAGAAAGGCAAACAGGUUUCGGAUCUUUGUUCCGUAAAUUGCCACCAAUCGCCUUCGCAUGUAUCGACGAAGCGCAUUGCGUGUCCCAGUGGUCCCACAAUUUCCGUCCCAGUUACCUCAUGAUAUGCCGUGUCUUACGUGAAAGUCUCGGCGUUAAAACCAUCCUUGGCCUGACGGCCACUGCCACCAGAUCCACCAGCGACAGCAUCAUUGAGCAUCUGCACAUUCCUGACGGAAGGGACGGCAUAAUUAGCGACAUACCCCUCCCCGAUAAUCUCACCCUGACCGUCUCCAAAGACGCCCAAAGGGACCAGGCUUUGUUGGGCCUAUUAUUGUCUGAGAGAUUUGCGGAUUGUAGGAGCAUCAUUGUGUAUUGCACAAGGCGUGAUGAAUGCGAGCGUAUCGCCACCUUCCUGAGGACCAGUCUGAAGAACGAAAAAGUAGUGGAAGAAACUAAUAAAAAGCGUAAAAGAGUUAACCUUCAAGCGGAGCCGUACCAUGCAGGUCUGUCGGCCAGUCGCAGAAGGACGAUUCAGAACAGUUUCAUGUCGGGGGCGUUAAGAAUUGUGGUGGCCACCGUGGCCUUCGGUAUGGGUAUCAAUAAGUCGGAUAUAAGAGCCGUAAUUCACUACAACAUGCCUAAAAGCUUUGAAAGCUACGUUCAGGAAGUGGGCAGAGCUGGAAGAGAUGGUUUAAAAGCUCACUGUCACUUAUUCUUGGACUCGAUGGGAAGAGACGAAAACGAACUGCGCCGACACAUCCACUCAAACUCCAUCGACCGGCACGUGAUAAGGAAGCUUUUACAGAAAAUUUUCAUUCCCUGUUCGUGUAAGACCACCUGUCCGAAACACGAGGUCGGAUUUUCCAUAGAAGAAACCGUCCGUGCUCUGGAUAUUCCAGAAGAAAAUAUCUCCACGCUUUUGUGCUACCUUGAGUUGCACGAGAAUAAGUACAUUCAAGUUUUGAGUCCUGCCUAUACUUGGUGCAAGGUGAUUUCCUAUGGAGGGCCUUUGCAGAUACGCAAGGCUGCCAAGGACUGUGCUCCUUUGGCUAUGGCGUUGGCACUGCAUAAAACUCAACAGGGGGAUGAUCCUAACACGCUGGAAUUUCCGGUCAUUGAUAUUGCUAGUGCCAUGGGUUGGGAGAGUGGCAUUUGUAAGCACAAACUCAAAAACCUAGAGUGGACCACUGUAAAUAACCAACCAAAACGGUCACCACUGACCGUCAGAUUCUCAAACCUCGGAUUCCGAUUAUUUGCCCCAGGAAACCUCACCGAUGACCAACUAGACGAAGCUUUAGACAGUUUAUAUUCCAGAGUCGUGGAACAGGAACGCACUGCCAUCUUACAACUUCGUGCCGUGCACGACACCUUAAUAGAAGUCGCCAACAAAUCGUAUCGGGCUUGCUUAAACGAAGAGGGCGAAGAAGCGGCAAAACUGAAACUCAAAGUGAGGGAAUAUUUCAACUCGGUCAAUCCGUUGGCGUCUCUACCCGAAAUAAAACCGAAGAAGGUCAACGAAGAACAACUGAUCAACGACAUUAGAGCUAUUAUACACAUGUACAGGGACAAUUCUUUCACUGGCAGAGCCAUCGCGAGAAUUUUCCACGGCAUUCAAAGUCCAAAUUAUCCAGCUGUUAUGUGGGGAAGGUGCAAGUUUUGGAGGAGCCAUAUCUCAGACGAUUUCCACACGAUUUGUCGGAUAGCCACUCAGGAGAUUUUACGAAUGAAAUAAUUUUUUAUUUUUGUUAAUACAGUUAAUAUAUUUUUAAUAAAUAGAAUUUUAUUUUUA